AUGGAGAUCGAAAAACAAUCAAGCUUGAACAAAGAUGUGAGUCUAUCGAUGGAGGAAGAGAAUGGUACGAAUCCUAAGAUCAGUAGGUACUGGAUUCAACGUUACGUUCUCUUCUCAAAGUAUGACGAAGGUAUCAAAAUGGAUGAAGAAGGAUGGUACUCUGUGACUCCUGAAGAAAUCCCGAUCAAACAAGCUGAGAGAUGUCGUGGCAAAGUGGUGAUUGAUUGCUUCUCAGGCGUUGGUGGUAACACUAUCCAAUUUGCUAAAGUAUGUUCUUCUGUCAUUGCUAUUGACAUUGAUCCAGUGAGAAUAGAGAUGGCUAUUAACAAUGCAAUGGUUUACGGUGUUGCUAAUAAUGUGGAUUAUGUCGUUGGUGAUUUCAUCCACUUGGCUCCAUCUCUCAAAGGAGAUGUGUUGUUUCUUUCGCCACCGUGGGGAGGACCAACGUAUUCCCAAGUCGAGAGCUUCAAGCUGGAUAUGCUCCAACCAAUAGACGGGUACACACUGUUUAAGAUUGCGCAGUCCAUUACGUCUAAUAUCAUAAUAUUUCUACCGAAAAAUGUUGAUAUAGCACAACUUGAAGAACUCGCUUGCCUCUCGUCGCCUCCUCUAACUCUUGAGAUAGAAGAAAACUAUGUUGGAGGCAAACUCAUAGCCAUAACAGCUUAUUUUAGUUGCAAUGCGGUUUAG